CAAAUGAGCUGACAAUGAUCGGAUUGAAAGCGUCGACUCUUUGAGGCAGGCAUUGAAAUCAAACCGAAAACCCACGAAACCCGCCGGCAACUGAAUCCACUGAAUCCACUGAGUACUGGCAACCAAAGAGGGGCCCUGAAAUACCUUGUGCCCAGCUAGCAGCUGCAAUAAUGCACAUUUCUGCUGAGGUCAGUUCGACCACCUCAAAUCAAAUACAGCAACACCAGCAGCAGCAGCAACACCAGUUGUUGCAGCAGCAGCAGCAACAACAGACAGCAACAACGACCACAACGAAGCGGCGGAAUGCUGAGUCCUCUGCCAGCAGCAAUAACAACAAUAACACUAACAAUAACAACAACAGCACCACGAACAACAACAACAAUAAUAAUAAUGUUAAAACAAAGCCCGUGGACACCAGUCCCUACUUGACCCCCGAGAAUCUCAUCGAGCGCACCGUCGACGUCCUGCUCGCCGAACAUCCUGGCGAGCUGGUCAAGACGGGGUCGCCACAUGUGGUCUGCACCACUUUGCCUACGCACUGGCGCUCAAACAAGACUCUACCGAUCGCCUUCAAGGUUUUGGCACUGGGCGAGGUCAUGGAUGGCACUAUAGUCACCAUUAGAGCCGGAAACGAUGAGAACUUCUGCGGGGAGCUGAGAAACUGCACGGCAGUGAUGAAAAAUCAGGUGGCCAAGUUCAAUGAUCUGCGGUUCGUGGGCAGAAGCGGAAGGGGCAAGAGCUUCACACUGACGAUUGUCAUCUCGACGAACCCCAUCCAGAUAGCCACCUACACCAAGGCCAUCAAGGUGACCGUGGAUGGGCCGAGGGAACCCAGAUCGAAGGUGCGACACCAGGGAUUCCAUCCGUUCGCCUUUGGGCCACAACGUUUCGGACCGGAUCCACUUAUGGCCGGAUUGCCCUUCAAGUUGCCAGGAUUCGCACACCAUUUGGUGGGGAUGCACAGCCAUCUUCAUGCGCCCGACUGGCGCGCCCACAUGGCCUUGGGCGGUCGUCCAGCCGCCUUUACCGCCGCCCCCUUUUUUGGCCACCAUGCGGCCGCUUUUCCCACCGCCAGUGGCCUGCGUGGAUUGAGUGGGGACAGCCAGCAGCACCAGCAGCAGCAGCAGCACUUGGCCACCGUGGGGGCGGCACAUAGCACCACCAGUCCGGAGGGAUCGCCGACCACCACCACCACGAGCGGUACGCAGCUGAGCGCCUUUGUCCAGCCACCGAUGACGUCGUCGCCUCCGCCGGUCACCAGUUUGCAGCACGACAAUAACAAUAACAACAGCAACAACAACAACAGCAGCAGUCACAUUGAUGCGGGCUUCGAAAGCGACAGCAUUUCGGUAACAGGAUCGCCGCGGAAAAGCCUUGGCUCCCCUUUGACCCACGACGAGGAGGAGGCGGAGGCAGAGGCUGAAGCAGAAGCAGAAGCGGAGGCCGAGGAAGCGGAGGUGGGCGGAUUGAGUCUGAAUGGUGGCGGCAUUCAGGGCACGCUGCACAGCGAAAGUUCCCCCGGCUCGGGUGGCGCCUUCACCGCCCUCAUCCAGCGCAGUGGCAAAAAUCCCACCGAAUUAUUCGGCGGCUUUGCCGGCGCAGGUGGAAAUCACUUUGCCCCCAGCGGUCAUAGUUUCAAUCCCGCUCUGGCCGCCCAACUCUUCCUGCAAAGUCCCCUUUUGCCGCAAUCCAGCCAGUGGCUAUAUACCCAGCUAUAUGGCAGCUACAGUGAUCUCCCCUGGCUGAGGAACGCGGCGGCUGCGGCGGCCGCGAAUAUAAAUCCCGGCCAGGAGAACCCCGGCGUUCCGCCAGUGGGCAGCAAUCCCGAUCACGAUGGCGUUAACCUGAUCAAGCGCUGUGUCACACUGAUAACCCACAAUCCGCCGGACGCGGAGAACGCCAAUCCAAACGCCUCGCCGCCGGUCAGCUCCACCAGGCGAUCGCCCUCCCCCGUGGAAACCAUCGACCUGGACGACGUGAGCACCACAUCGCGCUCGGCCAGCGGUUCAAGUGGCCAUGGCGGCGGAGUGGGAGUGGGUGGUGCAGUGGGACCCAUCAGGACGCGCACACCCAAACCGUCGGCGGAUGUCUGGCGUCCCUACUAGCGGCUGGCGGCCGCCUUGCUCGGCACAUGUCUGGCGGCCCAAGGUCAAGGGGGCGGCGUCGGAGGUCCCGAUGAGCAGGAGGCGGAGCGGGUCACCUAGCUGGUCCACAGCGAGUGGAAAUGGGCAGGAAGGGGGCGCAGCAGCGAGCUUGUGGUGUUGUGAAUAGUCGCCAUAUCGCAGCUGGCGGGGAUUGCAACUUGAAUUUGUUGAGCCAUUGGGUAACCCAAGCAGGAUAUUCAAUUACAAAUACGCUUUUAUUGCUGUUUAUUAAAUGGAAUAAUAGAAAAGUUUAGCCAGGAAUAGGAAUUUCAUAUAAUGUAAUAUAUUUUGUUUGAAAUGAAAAUAUAAAAAAUAUUUAGUUUGCAUUUGAUGUCCAGUUAGCACAGAUUUAUGUUCGCUUAUCAACACUAAAAACACAAAAAACAGUAAUACCAAAUUAAUAAAUAUUUCAAAAAUAAUGUAAGGACUUCAGCAUAAUUAAAUUAAAUGUCUCUUCCAUUCUCAUAAAUUCUUGAUGAAUUCAUAAAUUAUUAUUUUUCAAAA